UCCUGACGGUGUAAUCGAACUUUAGUGGUGCAUCCAAAGAGGGUUUCAAAGGACUUCUUGAGCAUUUAGUGGGUGUGCUGAAUCCUGCAGAAUACGAACUCUGCAGGACAUCCAAUGAAAACAACAACACCUUAAUUGAAUUGGGGAUUGGCGGCUCUCACUUUUUAAUUUAACGUUGUUUUUUUUGAAGGACACUCUCAUCAUGACGAUUCCAUUAUCUCGGACUCAACUAGCCCUGUUUUUCAUCCUCUUGUGUCCGGUCAAUAUUAUUGGGUUAUGGUGGGCAGUGGGGAGCCCUCUGGUCAUGGACCCCAAUAGUAUCUGUCGGAAGACCAAGCGACUAGUGGGCAAGCAGGCUGAGCUGUGCCAGAACCAGCCAGAGAUCGUCCACGAGGUCGCCAAGGGUGCCAAGCUGGGUGUACGGGAGUGCCAGUACCAGUUUCGUUUUCGCCGCUGGAACUGCACCAGUCAGAACAAGUACUUUGGCAAAAUACUCCAACAAGACAUCCGGGAGACAGCGUUUGUGUACGCCAUCACAGCGGCUGGGGUGACCCACACGGUGACUCAGGCCUGCAGUAUGGGGGAGCUGCUGCAGUGUGGCUGUGAGGCAACCAGGAGCAGGGCUCCCCCCCGGCCAGCCUCCUCCUCCACCACCACCUCUGGCGAGGGAGUCAAGUGGGAGUGGGGUGGCUGCGGAGACGACGUGGAGUUUGGCUACGAGAAGUCCAAGCAGUUCAUGGAUGCCAAGAGGAAAAAGGGCAAGAGUGACAUCAGGACGUUGAUCGAUCUCCACAACAACGAAGCAGGACGACUGGCGGUGAGGAAUUAUAUGAGGACUGAAUGUAAAUGUCAUGGCCUGUCCGGGUCUUGCACACUCCGGACCUGUUGGAAAAAGAUGCCUCACUUUCGCGAGGUGGGUGAUCGCCUGCUGGAGCGGUUCAAUGGAGCUUCCAAGGUGAUGGGAGGCAACGAUGGCAAGACCCUGGUUCCCGUAGGCCAGAACAUCAAGCCUCCGGACAAACAGGACCUGAUCUACUCGGCCGAGUCGCCCGACUUCUGCUCGCCCAAUAGGAAGACGGGCUCACUGGGCACGCGGGGCCGCAUGUGCAACAGCACAGCCAUGGACGUGAGCGGCUGUGACCUGCUGUGCUGUGAGCGUGGCUACCGGGACGAGACAGUGGUGUUCGAGGAGAACUGCCUCUGCCGCUUCCACUGGUGCUGCGUGGUGCAGUGUAAGAAGUGCUCGGUGAGGAAAGAACUCAGUCUCUGUCACUAGCAUUACCACAGUGAAGCUGGGUUGGUUUCAGGCCUGGCCUCUUCUGCCUCACACGAAAGAUGCACUGAGAUCAUGCUCCCAUAGUUCAAUUCAGGAGCACACUGAGAGAUUAGUGUCUUAUCUAGGAUCAUCUUGGACAGACAGCUGCAGUAACUCUCCUCUCAAGCUGCAGAACAGUCCAGAAUGGCCACUACUCCAGUGCUCACCACAUAGAGCUCUAUGACCCUGAAACGGUGUCUCUUUUAUGCUCUUUUUCUAGAAACCCACUGGAGGAACUUACCCAAUAACUGUUCCAGCUCUCCUGAGUGGAAUAUUGAAGGUCACAUCUGAGGUUAAAAGUUCAAUUUCAGCUCCGAGAACACUCUAGAACAGAACGCUUGGUCCCAUCUCAUAGAAGACAAUCAGAUAGCUUGGUACCAUUCUCAGUCGUCGGUACGGAGGUCGUUGCCUCUAAAGCAGUGGUCCCAAACAUGUUUGCACAGUGACCCACCUCAAGCCUUUAGCCAUUGAACCAGAAAAUAGCAUAGCAACUGUUUCUAACCUCAAACCCAAUGCCAAUACCGUCUAGGAACAUGCUACAACCCACGAUUAGGGAAACACUCUUCAUAGUCAGUUAACCAUGUAACUACAAGUGGGGACUAUUAUAACAAAAGCAUAAUGACGUUUGAGUGUGGGAAAUAAGACUAUGGUCUUGGUAAUAAGAUAGUAAGCACAUCAGCAUGCUACGUUUCUAUACACAGUAACUGGAAUGUUAUGAAAAAGGAAAAUGGACAUGCACAACGUGGAAUACAGGUAUCAAGCGCAAAACGUAUGAAAAAAGGGAAAUGUGGGGGUUAAUUGUUUGGAGGACGAACCCCAUCAUGUUUCAUGGUGAGGAGCUGAACUGACACCCGAGACUAUUAUUUAUGAACAUUUUAUGACAAGACUACUCAUAGUGAUACGGUGAGGAACGUGCCUACCAUCUCUCUGAAAAGCACUUUGGAUAUGGAAGCAAUCUAUGUAAACCAUAUGUCACAUUGGUUGUUGUUUGAGUCGUUUGCAAAUGGGGAAACGUGUGACGACUUUUUUUCGUAUGAGGUGCAGUAUCGAGAAAGUAUAAUAUUAGCUUUAUCUGUUUAAUAUACAGGGCUUUUGUAAUGCACUUUCAAUUAAAGCAUUUGUUGCGUAUAGACUUGUUACAUUUAGUCAUGUUGUGCAGAAUGGCCAUUCCACAAUCACAUACAAUGCUGACAAUGAAUCCAUCCAGUUGUCUCUUUGAUAAGUCAACUCGCUGAAGUGAGUUGGAUGUCAGGAAGCCCAUUUCUUUUGACUUUCUGCCGACGUUCUUCGGAAUAGGCGGAUCAGAUCUCUGCUUAUUUUUUUUUUUUGGGGGGGGGGGGACACAAAACCUAUCUUCACCGUCAUUAAUAAUAACAAUUACUUACGAAGCGUGUUGUACCCAAACGCGCUGUACAUUUUCACUUUUUACGUGUAUAGGUCGAAGGUAUUCAAGUGUACUGUGUCUUACCCUUCUUUUAGAGUAUGAUUUUGUUGCUACUUACCUUUCAGGGAUCUGUAAGAUCUUUUGUUGGGCAAAAGAGAGAGAGAGAGUACAAUGAGGGAUGACAUCGCUACAAUUUAUUGCCAAUAUGUCAUGGUUUAUGACCAGAUUAUUCCUUGCCAGAGGGUUCAUCGUUAAUAUUGUUACCAUGACAGUGGAUACACACUGCACAGGAUUACUCUGUCCUCGGAGCUACUAGUCCUGUCUGUGGAGUGAGCACCAUUAGAUUUUUCAUUUACCUAAAAUGUAGUUUUUGUACAAAAGCCUAUCACGUUAAGGGAGAAAAACUUGGUAUAAUGGAACUAUUCUGACUGAGCUCUGCAACAAUAUUAGGCAUUCUUUACAUAAGCAGUAGAAUUGACCACUUUACCAUGUUAAGUUUGGGUUGCAGUCUACCAAAUCAGGAAAUCAGACCAAAUGCGGCUAUUCCUAUGUGAGAUACACUCAGUGGCCAGCUUAUUAGGUACGCCCCGCUCACGGAAAUGGUUCGCUCCUACAGACAGUGAGUCACGUGGCCGUGGCCUGCUAUAUAAAGCAGGUAGACAGGCAUCAAGGCAUUCAGUUACUGUUCAAUUGAACGUUAGUGUGACCUAAGCGACUUUGAGUGGGGCAUGAUUGUUGGUGCCAAGCACACCAGUUCCAGUACAUCAGAAAUUGCCGGUCUCCUGGGUUUUUCCUUUUGGGGAAAAUAGCUUGUUGAUGAGAAAGGUCGAAGGAGAAUGACAAGAAUCGUGCAAGCUAACAGGGGGGCCACAAACAGGUAAAUAACGGCGCAGUAGAACAGUGGUGUGCAGAACAGCAUCACGUAACGUACAACUUGUCACGGAUGGGCUAUUGCAGUAGAUUCCACUCCUAUCAGUCAAAAACUACAAGAAGCGGCUCCAGUGUGCAUGCGAUCACCAACACUGGACAACUGAGGGUUGGAAAACAUUGCCUGUACCGACGAUUCCCGUUUCUUGUUGAGUCGUCAGGAUUUGCCGUUAGCAUUAUGAGUCCAUGGUCCAUCCUUGCCUGGUAUUAAUGGUACAUGCUGGUGGCGGUGGUGUAAUGGUGUGUGAAAUGUUUUCCUAGCAACGUUUGAACACCACACCUUGUAGAAUCCAUGCCCCGAAGAACUCACGCUGUUCUGGAGGCAAAGGGGGGUCUGACCCAGUACUAGAUGGGUGUACCUAAAACACUGGCCAUUCUAUUUUCCUCAUAGAACAACUUUAGGACUUGUUGGGCUGCCAGGAGUUUUUCGCUGUUACUGUAUGUAUGUUUAAACAGUCCUUGUCAAACUGGACGAAAGCUGCUUUGACGUUUUCUUGAUUCAAGGCAAGACCCAAUUUCCAAGUUUUGAAAACGUGACUUUUGUCAGGGCACGUUGAAUGAUCUCAAGAGAAUUCGUCCGCAUUUGUUUGGAUUAAGAGACAGAAUUUUGACUUUCAUAAUUGCUUGUUCAUUGAUUAAACUUUUGUAUUCUACAAAGUUAAUUUCAUAUCCAUGUUGUUAUUUUCCAGUUACAGUAUGUGUAGAAAUUGGAAUGAAUUGACAAGUGAGUUUCUGCACUUCCUAUACAAAUAAAAAGUCAACUGUUCUCUCUG